AUGGCGCCGUCAAGUCUAUUGAUCGUCUUGCCUUUGCUCACCGUCUUGGACUUGUCCACAAGUCAUCCCACUGUCAACGAACGGCGUCAAGCUCAACUUCAGCCUAUCCUUGGGACAGCCCAACAGACUCCUGAGCUAUCAACGUUCUACUCUUUCUUCGCGAGCACCGGUGGCCAAUCUGGAGUUCCUGGUCCUGCCCUUGGAGAAAGAUUCGAUGAUCCUUCGAACCAGUAUACGCUCUUGGCGCCGGCGAACAAUGCCUUCGCAUCGAUCUCGCCUGCCUUUCUCGAGGCUUUGACGUCAGUCCCUGCCUACGAGCUCUUGCUCACUCUUCUGCUCAACUAUGUACUCCCGCAAAGACUCAACCUCGAUGAGAUGACUCCGAAAACCGGCCUCGAGGCUGUUGGAGGAUUCAUGUUCGACAUCGAAUCGGAUGGAUCGAUUCAGACGAACGAAGGUGUGACGCAGUCAGCCGUGCCGAUCAGAAAACAGGCCAACAUCGUUUUCGACCAGAAUGGGAGGCCAUUAACUGUUCCCGCUUCUAACGGAAUCAUAUACAUAAUCGACAAGAUGCUCGAUCCCCUCAUCACCUACUUUGGCGAAGACGCACCAGGUCAGGCCUUGCCGCCAAUCAGUCGCCAACCUGGCACAAUGGCCGAUAUCCUCCGUCAGCAUCCACGCCUAACAAGCCUCUCUCCCUUGCUCGAACAGAUCGACCCAGACUUCGUCAACCGACUCUCCCUCUACUCAACAGACCGCGGCGUCAACGAACGCACAGUCUACCUCGCUCCAAGCGACGCCGCUUUCCGAGUCCUACCCUCCUCCAUCGCGGAGUCUGCCACGUCGCCGAGCAAUCACGGCGCCAAUACCUUGCUUUUGGAGUUUGGGCUGGGGGAGUAUGUUGAAGGAAGUCCUUUCGUGCGGUCUGGGUUGGGGUUCAACAUCACCAUUGACAUGGGACGGGCGAAUAAUGCGCGCGUGCAGGAGAGGGUAUGUGCGGAUAAUGGGUGCGUGUGGUUGGUUGGGAGGUGGUUGGAUCCGUUGUUUGGGGCGUUUUCGUGA